AGAGAGAGAGAGAGAGAGAGACUUAAAUGGCGUCAACGAGUAAAGGGGCGGAUGUGUGCGGCGGCGGUGAUGUCGGGGCAGAGGAGAUGACUCCCCGUCCGUAUCAGGUCGAGAUGUAUAAACUGGCGUUAGAGAGGAAUACGAUCGUAUGUCUGGGCACAGGCACUGGCAAGACAUUCAUCUCAAUCCUACUCAUGAAAGAUCCGCAAUUCGCGCGCCAACUGCGAGGCCCGUACCCAUCGGUGGCCAAACGCACCUUCUUUCUGGUGCCCACACGAGUGUUGGCUCAACAACAGGCCAACCAAAUCCGUCGCCACUUUGGCGCCAUCGGUCCCGUCAAGCACUUCACGGGUGACAUGAAUGUGGACUUCUAUGACCACGAAGUGUGGCGCAAACACCUGUCCGACAACUAUGUAAUGGUAAUGACAUUACAGAUACUGUUAGAUAUGUUGACGCGUCGGUUCAUCACAUGGGAUAACAUCAAUCUGUUGAUCGUGGAUGAGGUCCACUGGGCGGCCAAGAAGAAGGGCAAGAAGGAGUCGGGACACGCGUAUAAGCAGCUCAUGAAUCUAUACCGCGACUGUCCCGUAGACCGUCGGCCCCGUGUGUUGGGUCUGUCGGCCAGUCUUAUCAAUAGCUCGAUGAAAGUGGAGCUCUUCGAUGAGGCGGUCAAAGAUCUGGAGGACACGUAUUGCGCGGUCGUCAACACGUCAGACGUGGCCCAACUGUGCGGCACAAACCCUAAGGAAAUUGUGUGGGAGUUCUUGAGUGAGCCCUCGUCUCCCAGUGUUGUCGCCCAACAAGUGGUGAAAGCGUUGGAAAAGUUUGCCGAAUAUCUGAAGAAAAACGUGAAGAAACCGAAUCCCUAUUCGACGAAAGCCGGUCCGCAGACCGACGAGAAGGUGUCGAUGUGUGCGACGAGAAUCAAGAAGUGUCUGAUAAACAUCCGCAAUAUGUUAGCGGAUCCCAUCGAUAAGGUGGUGAUCGACCCGAACACGAAGCAGAGGUUUAUCAUAACGAUGACAUGGAUGGGCGUCUGGUGCGCCUCCAAAGCCGUCGACCAAUACAUCGACGAGUUGUCGAAGUAUGAAGAG